UGGCGUAUUACUAGCAGCGACACUAGCGCAACCAAACUGCAGCCGAUUCAACUUAAAUGAUAACAGAGUUGAACAGCGAAUUAUCAUUCGAACGUUGAAGUUGGAGAAACAACUGAACAAGAUUUCUAUUCACGGAAAAAGAUAUUAUUCGAAAAAGUUGAGUUAUUCUGUUGUUUGAUCAAAGCUAAUUCGAAGCAGCAUUUCGUAAAGGAAACAACCUGGGACACUGAAUUAUAUGAUUUUACAAGAAACAUUGACAAAGCUAAACUUGAAAUGACACAGUGGGAAAUUUUACUCGAAAAUGAGAAAUCAGACUCGAGCCAAUUUUUGCGAAGUAUUGAAUUAAAUUGGGAAAAAACGAAACUCGGAAGGAAGAAUAUUGAAGAAAGUUUGAAACAAAAGAUAAAAAUGCGAACAGCCAAAUUCUCGUCGAAGUUGUCCGCUACAAAUUUAAGGAACGAAGUACGAAAAAGAUCUGUGGAAGUAGAAGUUGAGUGGUUCGAUCUUCGUUUGAAAUCUCUUGACGGAAUAUGUUAUUUAAGAAUGAACGAUUUAUGCAAUGAACGUUAUAAAGCGAGAAGACGAUGUUUGGAUCAAUUUGAAAAAUACGACAGGAAUAUCGGAUCGCUUUAUGCGUAUAAACUUAGUCUUCGAAUCAAACGGGAUCUGUUGAACAAAGAAUAUGUCAUUCUUCAGGAUCAGCUUGUUGCUCAACGUAGUUUAUAUAAACAAUUAAAGGAGGAAAGCGAGUUAGACGUAAAGAGAGCUUUCUUAGCGAACGUAGAAUAUUUUCGUGCAAAUCAUGCAGCAAGAAUCAUUCAACGAAAUUGGAAAUUAUAUUGUGCGCGUAUGUCUUGGAAGAAAAGGAAAAGUAGAAGAUUGACGCAAAAUUGAAUGG